AUGUCCAAUGCAGUGCACAGGAUAGGAGACUGGCAUCAUCCAAUGUAUGGAACAUGUAGCACACUAUUUAUGAUAGGACAUGCCGAACGGUACUGCCGACAGAUUCUUGACUCGCCACAGAACCGCAACAUCUUGCAACAAGCCGAGUUGGAGGCCCAACUUACUACCUGGAAGACAAGCCCCCCAAAUCCCGGACUGGCCCACCUAUAUGAAGCGUUCCGCAACCACAGGCUCAUUUUCCUUUAUCGAGCCCGUGCGCAUGCACAAAGUAGCUAUCUCGCGGAUCCAGAUUCAUUUGAAGCGCAAGAACUUUUGAUUUCUCAACAAUACGCCGAAAAAACAGUCCGCCAUCUGAUGCAAAUCCCUGCAACCUCAAACUACCUAAAUUUUCAAUCUCUCCCUCUUAUCACAGCUGGCUCCGAACUGACGGAAUCGAAUCACUUUCUGCGCGAUCAAGUGCAUCACAGGCUUCGAGCCAUCUUCUCAUUGAAUCGCUUUCCUGCAAAUCUUCUGGCCCUUCAAUGUCUUGAAGAAAUAUGGGAUGCCCGAGACAGCGGUAACCAAUCGUUCUGGCUACUGCACAUGCUUCAGACCGGUCGGCGGUUACUUCUUGGAUGA